AUGCCCGCCGCUAGCUUGCUGCCGCUCUUCGGUAGCGCGGCGGGGCCGGGGACGCUGGGCGGCCCCGCGGGCAGCGGCGCGGGCGGCGGGGGCAGGAAGGCAGCGGGCCCCGGCGCGUUCCGGCUGACGGAGAAGUUCGUGCUGCUGCUGGUGUUCAGCGCCUUCAUCACCCUCUGCUUCGGGGCCAUCUUUUUCCUACCCGACUCCUCCAAGCUGCUCAGCGGCGUCUUCUUCCACUCGGCCGCCCUGCAGCCGCCGCCGCCCGGCGGGCAGCCCCGCGCCCCUCCGCAGCCCGGAGGCGGUCCGGCGGCGGCGGCGGCGGCCGCGGGCGGAGCGGGCAGCCUGGAGCGGAUCCGCGCGGACCACGAGCGGGCUCUGCGGGAGGCCAAGGAGACGCUGCAAAAGCUGCCCGAGGAGAUCCGCAGGGACAUCCGCCAGGACAAGGAGAAACUUCUGCAGGACACCCGCGGCAGGAAGGAGGCGGGCGCCCCCGGGCUGCCCCAGCGCCUCUUCCGCCAGCCCGUCGGCGCCGUGGGGCAGGAGCCCGCCGACCCCGACGUCCGCCAGAGGAGGGAGAAAAUCAAAGAGAUGAUGAAGCAUGCCUGGGAUAAUUAUAAGCGUUACGCAUGGGGAUUAAAUGAACUGAAACCCAUAUCUAAGCAAGGACAUUCAAGCAAUUUGUUUGGUAACAUACAAGGAGCAACAAUCGUAGAUGCCCUUGAUACACUAUACAUCAUGGAAAUGAAAGAAGAGUUCAAGGAAGCCAAGGAGUGGGUUGAAAAAAACUUGGAUUUCAAUGUGAAUGCUGAAAUUUCUGUAUUUGAAGUGAACAUUCGUUUCGUCGGUGGACUACUUUCAGCUUACUAUCUUUCAGGAGAAGAAGUUUUCCGAAAAAAGGCAGUGGAGCUUGGAGAGAAAUUGCUACCUGCUUUCAACACUCCCACUGGGAUACCUUGGGCAUUGCUUAAUAUCAAGAGUGGAAUUGGUCGAAAUUGGCCAUGGGCCUCUGGUGGAAGCAGCAUUUUGGCAGAAUUUGGGACUUUGCAUCUGGAGUUUGUACAUUUGAGCCACCUGUCUGGAAACCCUGUCUUUGCUGAAAAGGUAAUGAAUAUCCGAAAAGUUCUAAAUCGACUGGAUAAACCAGAGGGCCUUUACCCCAACUACCUGAAUCCCAGCAGUGGCCAAUGGGGCCAGCAUCAUGUCUCCAUUGGAGGGCUUGGGGAUAGCUUUUAUGAAUAUCUGCUCAAGGCAUGGCUGAUGUCAGACAAGACAGAUGAAGAUGGCAAGAAAAUGUAUUAUGAUGCCGUUCAGGCCAUAGAGACCCACCUCAUCCGAAAGUCAAGCGGGGGCCUGAUGUACAUCGCCGAGUGGAAGGGCGGAUUGCUGGAACACAAGAUGGGACACCUCACUUGUUUUGCUGGAGGCAUGUUUGCUCUGGGAGCAGAUGGAGCACCCAGUGACAAGACAGGCCAUCACAUCGAGCUGGGUGCUGAAAUUGCCAGGACUUGCCAUGAAUCCUAUGACCGUACACGAAUGAAACUGGGACCAGAAGCCUUCAGAUUCGAUGGUGGUGUUGAGGCCAUUGCCACAAGACAAAAUGAAAAAUACUACAUUCUGCGACCAGAAGUCAUAGAGACCUACAUGUACAUGUGGCGGCUCACUCAUGAUCCAAAGUACAGGGACUGGGGAUGGGAAGCUGUUGAGGCACUGGAAAAACACUGCAGAGUAGACGGUGGCUAUUCUGGCAUUAGAGAUGUUUAUAACAACCAUGAAAGCCAUGAUGAUGUGCAGCAAAGUUUCUUCCUUUCAGAGACACUCAAGUACCUGUAUUUGCUGUUUUCUGAAGAUGAUCUUCUACCAUUUGAACAUUGGGUCUUCAACACAGAGGCUCAUCCUCUCCCUGUUCUUCACAAAGAUGAUGGGAAUAAAGAAGAAAACCAGAACUAGAUGAAGAUUAAUUUAUACUUUGUUUCAUUCCUUAUGUUUCCAGGACUUGGGCACAUGAUUUGGUUUUAAAUUCCUAAGUUAGAUUUUUUAAACAAGUGUUUUGCAGUCUGUUUUUUUUUAAAGUAAAUUUUUA